UAAAAAAUUAUUUGUGUGUAAUGCUACAAAAUAUAUCGCUUUGUGUUAUUAAAAUCGAAAUCGAUUCACCAACAUCCGACGAUUCGGACACAGCUGGUGCUGUUUCAUCAGAACAUCCCCAUAAUCCGCGUGUCCUUAAGGAACGCGAACGUGAUCGUGGCCUACGAAAAUCCUCGCAAAUUAUCAUUGAAACCUACACGAAUAAAUUGUGGUCGGAAAUUGUUGCUGCCGCGGCGGUGGAAGACAACGACGACGACAAAAUGAGUUCAGCCAAGGAUCCAAAGAAAUCGGCAGCAUUGACGGAGAAGCGUCAACGUGAAAUGCCCACUUCAAGUUCAUCGCGUGAAACAACACCACUGGAAGAGGGCCAGUGCGCUUCCGAGUUGCCCAAAGAAAUUGGUUUCUUCUCGGGUAAUCCGAGUGUUGAGAUAACCAAUGGUAUAAUACAUUUAUAUAAGAAGAAUGAACGCAAAGAAAUCAAGGAUGCCCCCUCUAAUAAACUAUGCCUAUUGGCUGUACCGGCCAGUUUAAGCUGUCAUGAUCUGUUAAGCUUUGUUGCUCCUUGUCACACCGAAAUUCAGCAUAUUCGCAUUGUGCGUGAUGGUUGUCCAAAUCAAUUUAUGGUUUUAUUGGAAUUCCGUUCAAAUUCAUCUGCAUUGGAAUUUUAUCAAACCUAUAAUGGGGCGGCAUACAAUUCAUUGGAACCAGAUUCAUUGUGCCAUGCCGUAUGGGUAUCAGAGGUAGAAAAAGGCGAAGAUGGACUACCACCUUUGGGUCACACUGAGUUACCCACAUGUCCAGUCUGUCUUGAACGCAUGGAUGAAAGUGUCGAUGGUGUUCUGACCAUACUUUGUAAUCAUGCUUUCCAUGCUAACUGCCUCAUCAAAUGGGGUGAUUCCACCUGUCCGGUUUGUCGUCAUGUACAAACUCCCGAACUUAUGGAAAAUUCUGUUUGUAUGGAAUGUGAGGGAACCGAUUCAUUGUGGAUUUGUUUGAUUUGCGGUCAUGUCGGAUGCGGACGUUAUCAGGGUGGACAUGCUGCGGCACAUUAUCGUGCCACAAAUCAUACAUUUGCCAUGCAAUUGGGUACAUCAUCGGUGUGGGAUUAUGCGGGAGAUAAUUUUGUACAUCGCCUCUUUCAAAAUAAAACCGAUGGUAAAUUGGUGGCCACACAGGCACCAAAUGAUGAGGGAGAGGAGAAGAUCGAUUCCAUACAAUUGGAAUUUACAUAUCUGCUAACAUCGCAACUGGAUACCCAACGGAAAUAUUACGAGGAGCGUAUGGAACAUUUGGAAAAGGAAUGGCGUGAUUUUCGUUCAACUUUAGAGGGGGCCCACGGCAAAAUUGCCGAUAUGGAUCAACGCAUACAGACAUUAACCAAAGAAAAACUGGCCCUGGAAAGAAAACUGCAUCAAAAUAAUACUAAACUCAAAGAAGUCCAAAAACAAUUGGUUGAGGAACAAGAAAUAUCACGUGCCUUGCAGAAUAAUCAAUCCUGCUGGCACACCAAAUACAAACAAUUGGAAAAGGAAUACAAAGAUUAUAAGGAAUCAAAAGAAACUGAAUUAAAUUCCAUCAAGGAACAGCUACGUGAUAUAAUGUUCUAUAUGACGGCACAAAGUCAAAUUGCCGAAUCCGAGUUAAAGGAGGAAAUUGCCGGUGGCACAGUGGUAGUACCAGAGGCACCCACAACAAGUAAUAAUAGUAGUUCCGCACAAAAAAAUCGCCGUAAAAAGAAACAUUAG